UGACAUGUUUCCUGCAUUUAGCACGCUGCGGGUUCUUUGAGGCAUUAGCGGCUGCAGACAAAUUUCGACCGAUCACAUAAUCGUAACCCACCAAAAUGUUUAAAAUAGAGGGGCUUGGGCCGAAAAUGGACCCAGAGGAGAUGAAGCGAAAAAUGCGAGAGGAUGUCAUUACGUCCGUGCGCAACUUUCUGAUCUAUGUCGCUCUUCUUAGAGUCACGCCCUACGUUCUGAAGAAGCUGGACAGCAUAUGAAACCGGUCAUCUCUCCUGUCAUCUCCACGGCCUGACAUUAAACCGUUUGUUGGAAAAAUCUGUUAAAACGUCUGUGCACUUGCACUGGCCCAAAUGGACCCAAUGAGUUGACUGGACUUUCAGCCGGGAUCAGAUCGGCAUCCGACGCCAGUACAUGAAGAUGUUAAGUGUACAUUGUUAAUUAUUUGCAUUUUUAAAUUUAUAGCUAGCAACUGAAUGUACACUCAUUAAAGGAAAAAAUCCCCUUUGUUCUUACAUAAUGUUAUCUUACCUGGAAAUCACUGCUGAGAAAAAAGAAUGAUGACGUUUUAGACAUUCAGUAUUGCUCUCUGUAAACACAAUACUCAAAGCAAUAAAUUGUGAAUCAGUCAAAUCA